AUGCGAACAGCGGCGUGCUCAGCCUCAUCCGAGGCCCCAUGCCAAACCGGUGCUAGGCCCGAUUACUUUAUCCUGCUCAGCUCACAUUAGCCGAACUGCGUUUUUCAGAGUCAGUUCUUACGUCUUGACCCCCGACCAUCUCGACCACGCUCCUUUACGACGUUCACUUUCGUGAUGCCGUCUGUGGUCACCACGAGCAAGUCGCGCCCGAAGCUCAGUUUCGCUCACUUUCUCACAAAGCUAGGCCCCUCAUCAAUCUCUCGCAAGAGCCGUUUCUAUGUUGAACAUGAAGAUGAAGACGACCUUCCACCGCCACCGCCACCAAAAGAACUGUUCGUGACCAGGCCCCGCCGUCGACAUGUAGAGAGUUGGCAACAGACCUUCACCGCCUAUGACAUCUCUCCGUUCGCUCGCUCGCCCUCGCCCGUCUCUUCAUCAGGCACGCUGGAGGUCAUCUCCGAGUACUCAGCUCGAUCGCCUCUCUUCCUCACACGGCAGUUGCGACCUUCGGAAGCUAAUCUAGCAGAGAACGUGCCUGCAACGCUCCAAGCUCCGUCGCCUGCAGGUGUGCGUGUGCAGCCUAUACGCUCCUCGACCGCACCGUCACGCAUCCCAAUGGCCACGAGCCGCCCAACGCCCGCCCGCGGCCGCAUUCCGCCGCGUCGCACUGUCUCAACCCCCGAUGACGCUGAGAUCCGGAGGAGAGAAAUGAUCCGCCGGAAGGAGAUGGAGGAGGAGCAAGCUAGGAAGGAGGAAGCGGAGCGUCAGGCAAGGCUCAAGCGCGAGAAGGAGGAGAUACUGAAGAGGCACAUGGAGGAGGAAGAGCAGAGAAAGGCAGCAUUGGAAGAGAAGUUGAGGAGGGUCGCCGACGAGAGGAGGAAGAAGGAAGCUAUUGAGCAGGCUGCGGAGGAAAGGAGGCGGAUCAUUGUGGAGGAGAAAAGGCGCAAGGACAGAGAGAGGCGCCUACAAGAGACACAGAAACUACAGGCAUGGAGAAGAGAACAGAUGCAGCGCGCGCAGGAACUCUCGGGAAAGAGAGAAGAGUCACGGCGUCGCAUUCAGGCGGAACGACAGGCUCUAGCCAAACAACUGAAACGUAACUCAAAGACCGCAGAAGGGCGCAACGUAUUCCUAUCGGGAUGGGUAACUGUUCAAGCUGACCAGUCCCCGGCUUGGAAACGGCGCUACUACGAGCUGGACGAGAAGACUCUGUUACUUUUCAGGAACCCCGAAGAGAUGACCCAACCGCUCGAGGUUGUCCGUCUGGCUGAUGUUCGUCACAUCAGAGAGUGGCAGGAAGGCUAUGAGGCGCUGGAAGGAGUUCCUCAUUCUUUCGCCGUCGAGUUUCGCGAUGGACGGGAUGCCUGGUCCAUGUUUGCUGAUUCUGAAGAGGACAAGGAAUACCUCGUUGCGCUUCUCAGCGAAAACACGGCACCUUGACUUCCCUAAAUGACGACGUGCGAAACGGUGCAGGCAGAUGAAAUGCUGCCGGACUGAUGACUAUAUGCGUGCCAGUGAGCACUGGACUUGUUGACCAUUCUGUUGGAUCGGAUGUAUGUAUAUCCUUUCUCUGUAUCCGUCGUGUCUGUGUGUACCAUUCAGUGUAAAACAGCCUGGUACGAUACUGUCGCUGUAAUGGGUACCACAAUAUCCUAAUACUAGGUCAAUCCUUGCUUUAUCCCCGUG